AUGUCGGCAACCCAGUCUGUCCAGACCUUCGGCAAGAAGAAGACCGCCACUGCUGUCGCUUUGGCCAAGGAGGGCAAGGGUCUCAUCAAGAUCAACGGUGUCCCCCUCUCGCUCUACGGCACCCCCGUCCUCCGCGGCAAGGUCUACGAGCCCGUCCUCAUCCUCCAGAGCUUCGUCUCGUCGACGACGUCGCUCCCCUCGCCCCUCUCGCGCAUGGACAUCCGCCUCCGCGUCUCGGGUGGUGGACACACCUCGCAGCUGUACGCCCUCCGCCAGGCUAUCGCCAAGGCGGUCGUCGCGUACGUCGCCAAGUACGAGGACGCUGCCUCGGCGCUCGAGAUCCGCAAGGCUCUCGUCGCCUACGACCGUUCCCUCUUGGUCGCCGACCCCCGUCGCUGCGAGCCCAAGAAGUUCGGUGGACGUGGUGCCCGCGCACGCUUCCAGAAGUCCUACCGUUAA